CUCAGUGAGAGUCAGCGGUGCUCCAAUCAUGUCGGUAUCCCUCGGCUAGCGCCGGUCUCAGGAUUCCGCGAAGCGCGAGCUUCAAGUAUCUCGAGGGCGCGGGCCUCGUCGAGAUGAGCGGUGGCAGCGGCGGGAACAACGCCGGCAACCAGGGGAACGGCAAUGCCACCAGCUAUCAUCAACAUCAACAACAGCAACAACAACAACAACAACAGCAACAACAGCAGCAACAACAACAGCAGACACAGCUGGAACAAGCUAGCCUGCUGACCGAUCUGAACGGUAUCGACCUGGCGAUGAGCCUAUCGCCCAAACAGCAUUCAUCCCACGUACAAGCCGCUGGUGGCGCUCAUACCACACCGUUCAGCGUCACAGAUAUCCUCUCGCCCAUCGAUAACGAGUCGUUCAGGAAGCUGGAGCAGGUGAUUGGAGUCGGCGUGGUCACGCAUUCUCAGGUCUCGCCUUACGGUAACGCGUGUGGCGCCCGUGUGGGCGGCAAUACCGGUAGCUCGAGCGCGAGCAGCGGCAGUCCACCGAUUCACGGAGGCUCGACGCCCGGUGGCGGCACACCCGGACCGGUUUCCGGGCCAAACGACGCCACCGGAGGAGGCAGCAGCGCUGCCGGUGCCGGGCCAGGCAUGACCGCAAUGGGCAAUCCUUACGCGACCAUGCAACUCACAUCUCAGUAUCAGUAUUGCGCCGCGGAAUUAUCGUAUCAUCAUGGGGGUCCAGGAGUUGCUGGAGGCGCGACCGCAACCGACCCUAUGCGAUCACAUCAUCCGUGGUACGCGCCUGCACCGCCGGCAACCAACGACCCACGCUUCGCCAUUUCGCGGCUCAUGGGCGCCGCGGCAGCAGGCGCCGGGACCAACAUGGCCGCCUGUUCGGUGGGCCAGUCAAUGGGCGACGUGACGAAGUCGUCGGGCAUGGGAGUGGGCGUCGGCGUCGGCGUCGGCGUCGGUAUGGGCGUCGGCGCGAUGCAAUUCCCCCACAUUCCCCAGAGACGAAAGCGUCGCGUUCUGUUCACUCAGCAGCAGGUUCACGAGCUCGAGAGGCGGUUCAAGCAGCAGAAAUACCUGAGCGCGCCUGAACGAGAACACCUAGCCGCCCUAAUUAACCUUACGCCCACUCAGGUGAAAAUAUGGUUUCAAAACCAUCGAUACAAGUGCAAGAGGCAGGCGAAGGAGAAGAUGAUGGCUGAACAGAAUGCUCAAAACCAGAGUGCUAGUUCGCCGCGACGGGUAGCGGUACCGUUGCUGGUAAAGGACGGCAAACCAUGCGGAACCGGUGCCGGCGGCGGAAACGAGGGCAGCCGCGGUGGGCCAAGCGCGGCCUUGGCGAGUCCAGCCCCUCCUCAUAUGACGGCCGCGUCGAGCCCUCACAGUUCACAUCACGCGGCCUCCUCGGUGUCCCAUCACUCAGUGGUUGGCGUGAGCCACGUGAUGACGUCCAGCCAGAGUCUUCAGCAUUGCUCGUACUCGAGGACAGGGGCGCAGCAGAGUAUGCAGCAGCAACAGCAGCCGCAAUGCGGCGCGUACCUGCCAUUCCAGGGUCGGGCCUGGUAG